AUGUCCAGCUCCUCGUCGUUACCCGCCGUGCCCUCGCAAUCUUGUGUUUGCUCCUUGCUCACCUGGAAAGACCCGGUGGCCACCGGCAAGGUGUUCGGGGCCAUUGUGGCCGCAUUGGUGUUGGCCAAAGUCAACGUGGUCAAUCACGUGUUCCACUUGCUGUACUUGGCGCUUUUUGCUGCCGCCGGAAGCGAGUACGCCGGGCGUAUCUUGACCGGCCAGGGCUUUGUGCAGAAGUACAUCGGCACGCCCCAGAAGAGGGCCGGCGCCUUCAAAGAGUCGGUGUUGCCCGCGGUGGGCAACGCCGCCGAGGCGCUCGAGGCCGAGUUCCACCGCGUGGUGUACGCGCAAAACAUCGAGUCCACGGUCAAGGCCGCGCUAGUGUCGUACAUGAUGUACAAGUUGACGUCGUGGUUCUCCGUGUACGCGCUCGUGUUCGCCACGGUGCUCUUGGCGUUCUCCGUGCCCUACGUGUACCAGACCAACAAGAAGAACGUGGACGCGGCCGUGGCGCAGUACACGAAGAUGGCCAAGGAGCGCACCGCGGAGUACACGGCGUGUGCCAAGAGCAGAAUCGCGCCGCGGUUGGAGGCGUUGGCCAAGAAGACGGGCCCCGUGGGCGCGUUCGUGCAGUCGAAGCUCCCCACCAGAACCGCGGGCUCCACCGUGGGCUCGCACGCGUACUCUGCUGCGGACGAGCCCUCGGUCGGCGUCAGCACCGGCGCGGCGAAGUUCCCCGAGGUGCCUGCUGGCGUGUCGCACAGCAGCCCGCAGUCGGUGACCGAGGCGGUGGAGGCCACGCCCGAGCUCAGCUCGUGA